AUGCCAGCGUAGCAUUGCCCUCCGGUCUGGCGGCCCACCAACCACCCGCCGGAGAACCAUUCUCAACUAACACCAAGACCAACGAAAUCCCCCAAAUCCCCACCUCCAACCCGCGGAGAAACAAAGCCUCGCGGCACCAAUCUCCAAUGUGUGGUCAUGGAGCCCACGCCGGUUUAGCGUGGGUGCAUUUUCUGGUGGAUUCACUUUUUCUUAACCCUCAGUUCUUGAUCAUAUUUACGCCAGCGUGCGGCUCCCAUCCAUCCCUACCGCUACAAUGAACGCAGCUUCUCACACUAUAAAGCAGAGGUCCAGAGCGCAGAACCAGAGAGAGUGAGAGAGAGAGGAGGGUGCUUGGAGUUAGAGAGAGAACUCGCCGAACCCUAGGCCCUUCUUGCUCGCAUGGCGAUGGCGGCCGUUGCCGCCGUCUCCUCUUCCAGCCUCUGCUCCUCCGGCAAACGCCUCCGUUCGAUCUCACACCGUCCUUCCUCAUCCCGAUUUCUAGCCACUACUGUCACCCCCUCAUCUCAUCGCCUCCAGAUCUUCCGCCUCCGUCCUACUCGAAACUCCUUCCUCGUCGGAUCUGGCAGCGGCGACGGAGGCUUCGGCUCUGGAAACUCCGGUGGUGGAGGCGGCGGAGGUGGAGGGGAUGAGGGGUCGAGUGGGAAGAACAGGACGGAGGCGAUUCUUGCACUUGCUGAGAUCGGUCGGUCGGCUGAUAGCUUACCGGCCGACUUUGCUGCGGCGGUUGAUGCGGGGAGGAUACCGGGGGAGAUAGUGUACCGUCUCGCGAAUUUGGAGAAGUCUCCGAUCUUCCGAUGGCUACUGCAGUUCGGGGGUUUCAAGGAGAGGUUGCUAGCGGAUGAUCUGUUCCUGGCGAAGGUUGCUAUGGAGUGCGGAGUUGGUAUUUUUACUAAGACUGCUGCGGAAUGGGAACGUCGAAGAGAGAACUUUAUGAAAGAGCUUGAUUUUGUUUUUGCAGAUGUGGUAAUGGCAAUAAUUGCAGACUUUAUGCUCGUCUGGCUUCCUGCGCCAACAGUUUCUCUUCGACCACCUCUUGCUGUAACUGCUGGUCGAAUUGCGAAAUUUUUUUACGGAUGUCCAGAUAAUGCUUUCCAGGUUGCUCUGUCUGGAACCUCCUACUCAUUUUUGCAGAGAAUAGGCGCAAUUGUGAGGAAUGGGGCAAAGCUUUUUGUGGUUGGGACUUCUGCAUCUUUGGUGGGGACUGGCGUAACAAAUGCCUUGAUUAAAGCAAGGAAAUUACUGGACAAGGAUUUUGCCGUAGAAGCAGAGGAGGUACCACUAGUAGAGACUAGUAUCGCUUAUGGUGUAUACAUGGCAGUUUCUAGUAAUCUCAGAUAUCAGAUAGUAGCUGGUGUUGUUGAGCAGCGGAUUCUGGAGCCCUUGUUACACAAUCAAAAACUCUUACUCAGCGCACUGUGCUUUGCAGUUCGUACGGGGAAUACGUUCUUGGGAUCCCUCUUGUGGGUCGAUUAUGCUCGCUGGGUUGGCGUCCAGAAAAUUCGGGAAUAGAUGAAUGCUACACUGCAGAACUCGUAGGCUUCAAUCUUUCAAGUCAUUUUUAUUCUGUUUUAGGAAACCUUCUUAGAUAAUGCUGAUUCCAUCUUUCUAGUUUCAUAAAUUUAGAAGCAGUUGGGGAAAUUAUUAUGGAAUUUUUUUUUUUAAUUUUAAGUAUUUUUGGACUGUUUUCAAAUAAUUUCCUAUAUUUUUAUAUUCAAUUAAUGAACUAUAUAAUCCUCUUUCUUUA